AUGAACGUCCUCCCGCGAAUCCACAUCCUCGGAUCCGGCAACAUCGGCUGCCUUGUCGCCCACUCCCUUCGCUCUCUCGCAAACCCCCCACCAGUCACUCUCCUCCUUCACAAAGCCGAGGUCCAACAGGCAUUCCGAAAAUGUAGUAAUCGCAUCCGCGUCGAGCGGAAUCGUAUAGCCUCCUUAGUCGGUGGAUUUCAGCACGAAGUUACCGACCGUGCCAUGUUCGAAACAUGGGCCUCGGCCUCUGCCAAACCGAUCCAAAACCUUAUUGUCACGACAAAAGCACACCAGACUAUCCCGGCUCUCGAAAGUAUCCGAGAUAGAUUAUCCCCUGAGAGCACCAUUAUGUUACUACAGAACGGCAUGGGUGUGCUAGAGGAAGUUAAUUCAACGAUCUUCCCGGAUGCUAAGACUAGGCCGAAUAUGGUCAUCGGAAUAACUAGCCAUGGUGCGCAUACGAUCCGUCCUUUCAAUGUCAUCCACGCCGGGUAUGGUAAAAUCGACAUGUCAGUCGUCCCGCGAGAGCCGUUACCAAAAGGGGAAUCUUAUUCUAUCGCUACACCUACCAUCCUCUCUUUCCCACAGGAAACGAGACCGUUCAUCGAAACACUAUUGGAAUGCCAUGAUCUAAGUUAUGGAAUUACAAGUUACCCAGAAAUACUAGCCGUACAGCUCGAAAAACUAGCAGUCAAUGCGGUAAUAAACCCGUUAUCUGUUAUGUUCAACUGUUACAACGGCCAGCUAGUGUACAACUUCCCGAUAUCUAGAAUGCUGCGAUUGAUUCUCUUCGAAGUUGCAAAGGUCAUCGCUGCGAUGCCGGAAUUGGAUAAUAUCCCAUCAAGAGAUAUAAGAUUUUCUCCAGAGAGGCUGGAGAGGGUUGUCAUUGGAAUAGCCAAGAAGACAUCCGUAAAUAUAAGCUCUAUGCUACAGGAUGUACGGAGUGGCAAGAAUACAGAGGUGGAGUAUAUUAACGGCUACCUUGUGAAGAAGGGUGCCGAAUUAGGAAUUCCCUGUGCAGUCAACUUCAUGCUCAGAGAGAUGGUGAAGGCGAAGCUAGAGAUGGUCGGUGCCAAGAUCAGAGCAGAUCUACCAUUAGAGGAUAUAGGCCGGGUACCUUAUAAAGAAAUGCUGUAG